AUUGAUUAAUAGUGUGGCUUCAUGAUAAUUUCAAGAAUUGGUACAAGUCCUGGCAAGAAACCUUACUCUUCAAUGGCCCUCAGCACAAAGAAAGGACUGACAAAGAAGAAAACAUUUAAGAAAUCAACAGUGAAUCGGAAAAACUCAGAUCAAAAUUUAGGUGAAUUAACUAGUGAUGUUUAUCCUCCAUUAUUUCAGAGGAGUGAGCUAUACGACUUAUCCAAGGUCGACUACACAACUGAGAAGCCGAAGGUAGGCCUCCUCAAAAGACUCUUCUGCUGUAAAUAGUCAGAAGAUAAAACCACAAGAAGAGCUUAAACAUGAUAGUGAGAGAGCUAGGAAAUAACUGGAAGGUCAUUAAAGCUAACCUCCUAGCUGAGCUCUUUAUCAAAUAAGCUCAAACUUGGUAGAGGCUUGGUACAGAACGGAGAUGAGAACGAGACCUUAUCCGAUGAGGAGGAGGGACCAUCUUGGACUGAGAAUAUAAUUAUAAAUCCCAACUCACGAAAGAUUUACUUUGAUUAUUUUAUGUCAUUCGUGGCAUUAAUGGACCUGCUGGUUAACAUUUAUUGCAUAUUUGUAGCACGACCAAUCAUCGUAUUCAACCUGCUGAUACUUCCUCUCUUUGUCACAGAAAUGGUAUUAUGUUCCUUGACAACUUUUUAUGUUGAUGUGGCACUAGAGAAUAGGAUUGCUUAUAUAAUCUCAAAUUACCUUAAGAAGUAUUUCCUGUUAGAUUUCAUUGGAACUUUUCCUUUCUUCCUGUUAGAUGAAGUCUUGCUAUCAUUUAAACUGUUAAGAAUUUUUAAAUUAACGACAUAUAUUUCAAGAAUAAAUUCUUUCAUUGAAAAGAUGCUAGUCAAAUGGGUCCAUGGGAGGAGAGAGCUCAUAAACAGUGUGAAGAAAACCAUCCGCUUCCUGAUCUUUCUUUUGUUCACAAUGCACUUACUUGCAUGCAUUUGGAUCUAUAUUGGUCAGCUCUCUGAGGAAAAUUGGAUUGAGAAAAGCGAUGAUAUUUUAGAAAAUCCUGGAAGUAAUUUCGCGCUCUAUAUUGCUGCCAAUUACUGGGUUAUGUCCACUUUCACGACUGUGGGUUAUGGAGAUUUUUCAGGCCUCAAUAACACAGAGUACCUCUUCAACAUGCUCGUCCAGGUCCUUGGCAUUGGCUUCUUUGGGUACACCAUUGAUAGCAUUAGUAAAAUGAUGGGUCAGAUCGAUUCUAUAAGUGAAUUCCAAGAACAAGAGGAGGAAAAUCAGAACAUAUGGCUGAUGAAAUUGGGAAGAAGUAAUAAAGACAAGAUUCUUUCACGUCAUUACUAUGACCAAGCAAAUUCAUUUUUCUCAAAUUACUGGAGUAUGGACUAUACUACCCUUAAAAAUAACGAAUUUUAUAUCCAGUUAAAGCCUAGACUUCAAAUCGAAGUCGACAAUAUCUGAUUUGAAGAGAUAUAUGAACGUUUUGAAGGAUUCUUUAAAGAUACAGAUGAUGGAUUUAGGAGAGAAAUCUGUCAUCAUCUCGUGUUUGAGGAGUUCAGAAUCUUCCCACCAUAUAAUGACACAUAUGAAGGGGAUAAAAAGUCUUUCCCAGAUAGACAAAAAACUAAACUUCUACAAGAUGGUGAAAUUCCUGAAAGAAUAUUUUUCAUAGUUGGUGGAGAAGCAUAUGCCUCAAACACAACAGGAAGAUAUAACUAUUUCCAACUUCCCGAAGGCGCAUAUUUUGGAGAAACUCAUAUCUUAAUAGGACUUCCUUUGAGCUAUUCCCUCUUCUACAGCAGUGAAGUAGGAUGAGCAGCUCUAACACUCAAAACAGAGAUUUUUCUCCAAAUAUGCGAGCGAUAUCCAGAUUCUUUCUUAAAACUCAGAAAAAGAAGUGAAAAGAGGCGGAAAGUUCUUAGGAGCUAUAAAUUUGAAGCUCUUUCGGAUAUAAUAAACUCAUGUGUGCAUAAAUUUGAAGGGACUCCUGACUACCAAAAAAUAAAAAGCAUGUAUGAUAUUUUGCUAAGCGAGAACAAAGAAGACCACAUCGUUAUGGAAGCUAAAAACAGGAUAAAUGUCUUAAAAACCAUUCAGCAAGAGAAUAAUACCAGAAGAUCCUCCAAAGGUGCUAUUAAUGCAGUCCAGAUCCUUAAUCAAGAAAAAGCUUAUAGGAGGCAUUCAGUCAACCUUGGAGUUAUCUCUCAGUUUGGAAAGAGUAAAAGAAGCAAUAGGAAACCUCUAUUACCAAAAAUCUCUCAAGCUAUUGCUGAAGAACCUAAAAAUUUAAACACUUCUGAGAAUUUACUUCCAGAAGAAAGCAGCUCCUUAUAUGCUGCUUUUGAUAAGAAUCUUGACAACUAUCCACAUUUGAUGCCUGAUAAAAUAGAAAUGAGCGAGUUAGAUUCACCUUCUGGGAAAUCAAAUAUGUCAAACAAGAAGUCAAUGCUUGAAUUCAGUAGAAGUGAUAAAAAAUUUCUUAAAAUGAUUGAUCAUGACAAGAGCCUGAAGAGGACACAAGAGCUUCCAGAGAAGACAAGGGGUUCAGCUGCUCUUACUGAUGAAAAUUUAAAAACUACCCAAAACUACCUCCCUAGCCAAAUCGAUGAGCUUACACCUGUUAAUAGAGCAAAGAAUUUACGUCCAGAAAAAAUUGAGGAUAGCUUAGAAGAGACACCUAUAAGCUCACACUUUGAUAAGGACAGAUUGUUCUACAGUGGGGGUAGUCUCAGUGGCUCCAGUAGUGAGGAGAGCGUUUCCUCCCCUUCCAACCUCUCUAACGAACACAGAAGAAGGUCAAUGCCACAAUUUCAUACAAAAAUAGUCACCGAAGAGCUAAGUUCUCGAUCAGAAAUCUUGAAAAAGAAAUUUUUUGGAAUACAUGACAAAGUCUGAAGCAACGCUAACACAAUUUCCAGGCUACUUCUCAAGAACGAGAUUUUAGAGGAAUACUUAAAGGAUGAACCAAAAGAGAUUGCAAUCGAGGAGACAGACCCUUUAUGCUGAAUAAGAUGUCUGAGGCAUAAAUUUAACCAAAAGGAUCACUCCUUGCCUGACAACUUUAAUACGAGGAGUAUCUGCCACUCAUCUGCAGAGAACGACCAAAGGAUUCAAUAUUCUGAACUGCUUUCGAUGGUCAAAGAGACUCAGGAAAAAUUCAAAUCAUUGAAAGAAAAGUACCAAAAUGCAGUCAGAGAGGAGCAGAACUCUAAGAAAUUUAAGCUUGACCAGAUUCAGGCGAAGCUCAGGAAAAUCUCUAAGUUCAGAAAUAAUGGCUAGACUUUAAUGGUAGGUAUCACUUCAAGAGCCUAAGAUUAAUAAGACUUACUG